UGAGCUCACGUUCAGCCCAUCCCUAGAAACGACGCUAUUUCAUACAAAACAACAACAGAACAGAAAAAUACAUAAAAAUGGUUUCAAGAGUUUGCACCUACAAGAACUGUGAGAAUUACUAUCUUAUCAACGACAGCACAUCCACAACAGUCUUCGCCCCUCCUAAGCAACCGGAGCGUGCCCAAAUCUGGCGUGAAAAUGGACGUGUACAUCCAAAAAUUUCGCCACAUAAAAUGUUCAUGUGCUGUGAGCAUUUUGAUCCAAAAUUCAUUUCGUCCAGCAAGAAUCGCAAAUUACUAGUGGGGGAGGCGGUACCGUAUCCGUACGAAGGUUCGCCCGAGCCGGAGGAGGCGGAGGCUCUUGAACAAGUGGCGUCCACAUCCUCGCAGGAGAGCUAUUUCAUAAACCUGACGGACAGUGACGAGUUGAGCAUCAACAAUGUGGAGUCCACCACAGGCGGUUCCAAGCGAUUGGCAACAACGCCGCAGACUUAUAAGAAUGGGAUUGAAAUUAGUCUUGUGUCGCCUUGCACCAAACGCUCGAGAACGACCGUCACGGAAGCCACUGUUGAGGUAAUACCACUUUCCGAGGCCACUAUAAAGAAGGAGCCUGCUGUUGCCGAAGACCAGGCAAUAGACGCCACAGAGGUCUCCACGUUCAUCUUUAAAGGCGAGGAAUAUGUUCAAAUGUCCAAGGCCUAUUAUAUGCGCGAAAAGCGGGAAAUUGCAGAGCAGCUGAAGCAAUAUAAGACCAUCCUCAAGAAUAUUAAAGAAUAUUUCCAAGAUGAAUCCCUAGACAUAUAAUAUGAAAAACGUGCUAUGUGCCACCAAAACUCACUAGAAUAAAUCCAAUAAUUAGCUAUACAUAUUUUUCUGUUGACAAUCCUUUAUAAAAUUCAGACAUGC